UCGGUACGAACGAAGUGGCAAUAUAUCAAAUAAGUAAGAGUAAAAGAGAUACCAGUAGUGUAAUGCUUAUAAACCUACAUUUAGAGUGUUCGCGUUUGACAUUCAGGCCGGAUUGUUUUCCUCUUGUCUUUUUCUCUUGCUGUUUUUAGAACUCGCAAUUUGACGAAAUGGCAAAGUCAAAGAAUCACACAAAUCACAACCAAAACCGCAAAGCCCACAGGAAUGGCAUCAAAAAGCCUACAAAACAGAGGCACGAAUCCACCCUUGGCAUGGACCCUAAGUUCUUGAGGAACCAAAGGUUCUGCAAAAAGGCAACCUGAAACCAGCAAAGCAGCUUGCCCGUGCCGCAGAAAGGAAAGCCACACGAGAAGCCAAGGCUAAGAAAUGAACAUUUAGGUGUAAGGAAAUAA